GCCGUGACGUCAGGCGGGGCCGUGACGUCAGAGCGGCGCGCCGAGGGCAGGCCGGGAUGCAGCGCGCGGCGCUGGGCGCGCUCGGGGGGGCGGCGCGGGCCGCCCCGCGCCGCUGGUUCAGCGCGGCGCCCCCGGUGCAGCUGCGGGAGCUGCGGGAGCUGCGGGCGCGCACGGGGCAGCCGGUGAUGCGCUGCCGGGAGGCGCUGCAGCGGGCGGGGGGCGACCUGCGGCAGGCCGAGGCGUGGCUCCAGGCCGAGUCCCGCCGCCGGGGCUGGGCCCGCGCUGCCGCCCCCGGGGCUCAGCGGGCCCGGGAGGGGCUCGUGGGGGUCCUGAGCGAGGGCUCGGCCGCCGUCAUGGUGGAGGUGAACUGUGAGACAGAUUUCGUGGCACGGACCCCCGACUUCCAGCAGCUGGUGGAGAUGGCGGCCAGGGGGGUCCUGGGGCUCUGCCGGGGGGCCUCGGGCACCAAGCACCUGCUGCGAGAGGAUGAACUGGCCCAGCUGCGUGCAGGGGACGGGGGGGACCUGCUGAGUGACCACUUGGCGCUGGCUAUGGGCCGGCUGGGCGAGCGCCUGGCCCUGCGCCGCGCCGCGUGGCUCCGCGCCCCCGGCGGCUUCGUGGCCACCUACGCCCACGGCUGGGUGCCCCCGGGGCCCCCCGUGGCCAUGGGCACCUACGGGGCUCUGGUGGCCUGCGGGGGGCCGGCCCCGGGGCCCCCCCCGCCCGAGCUGCAGGAGCUGGGGCGCAGGGUGGCCCAGCACGUGGUGGGGAUGGCCCCCGCCAGCCUGGGCACCCCCGAGGACGAGCUGGGCGGCGACUCGGAGACGCGGCUGCUGGCCCAGGGGUCCCUCCUGGAGCCGGGGGUGCCCCUGGGCCGGUACCUGCGGGAACGGGGGGGGCUGCAGGUCUGGGACUUCCUGCGCUUCCAGUGCGGGGAGGAGCCCCCCCAGGAGCCCCCCCAGGAGCCCCCAGCCCCCCCGGCCUGAGGGGUGCGGCUCAGGGGGUUCAGCCCC